ACUGUGACAAAAAAAUCGUAAUUGAUUUUCAAAACCAAUUUUUGAAUUUUUGAAAAAAUUAAAAUAAAAUUGGUAUUUGCAGCAUGACACCUGAGCGACAAACCAUGGCACACAAUCCAAUCUUCCGAAAGAAGUAUGAUGGAAAGCGACAAAAACUCAUCGAAUACUUCUUUAGCAAGGCUUUGUUCCGGGAUCCCCGAUCUCGUCUUUCCAGUGGUCGGUGGAUGCGUCGCUUUUGGAACCACGCUCGCAGUGUCAACUGCUGCACAAAGAUUCAUUGGGAUAUCUACCGGAACUAAGUUUGUGCCAUCAUUUUUGGGAUUUGCCACCGUUUGUGGAGCAUCAUUGGUUAGUGAGCAAGCUGCCAUUCUAUCAUAUGAACUUAAGAGAGAUCCCAGGAAAAGAAGCUUCGAAUAUGUACAGAAGAAAAUCAGACAUCAAUUUUUGGAAACUUCUAGGAAUGUGAUGGGAUCGUCAUCGCUCUUGAGAGGAGAAAAAGGCCAUCAGUUCAAACUACCGAUGCACGAGAUUCGAGUGUAAGAACGUUGUCAAUGCUGAUAAGAGCGCAAAAGUAGUUGAUUCAUAUUGUCUUUCUAAUUGACCAUUGUUUUUUCAUAUUUCUCUCAGUUGUCUGCUUGGUCUACUUGCCUUCAAGUCUCUGGGUGGUCGCUUUUGGGGAAUCGCACCUUCUUCUUAUACCCACCUUGGAUCAUUCACACGGUGGUCGAUUCCAUGCACUGAAAAUUAUGCCAACACCAAAGAGCGGGUCAUGAUUGAACAAAUGGGUAGAAAAUGG